UCCCGUCUAGACAACAGUCGAUACCUGUACGUUGAAACUGGAAAACAUCUUGUAAAAUUCGCAGUUUAAAUCGUGAAAUUUUCAGCAUAUCGUCGUAAAAUCGCGCAUUCCCGAUAAUCUGAAUGCUAUGUUAAACAGUGGAUUCGAUAGGUCCGCAAUGUCUGUGCACAAAUCGCUGGUACUUUUAGUCUUUUGGGUAAUAGCCUGCAGAGAGAGUAAUGCUCACGACAAAGGUGUCUGGCGGAUGACUCCGGGUGACGAGAUUGCAGAAGAAAAUUCAGUGCUCACAUUAACUUGCACUUACGCAUAUCAAGAAGGUUUUAUCGAUCGGAAUUUCUCCUUGAGAUGGGAGUUGCCCGAAUUCCUCGUCAAAAAUCCGCAACUAACGGGGGUUGAGGAGCGGUUCCGUGUAACUUUCACUACGAACGAAACGCACAUGUCAUCGACCAUGACCCUUGCGAACGCAACAGCAAGAGACACGGGCCUUUACCGAUUUGUCUACGGCGAUGAGCAAAUUAAACGAUACAUCUAUGUUUUUGAUGGAAGAAAUUUGGUGACUAUCGUUGACAAAGGUUUCUAUCCGGAUUACUACUUAUUCUGCUUCCACCAAGGCGAGUUGGGUGUUCAUAUUCCAUGCAAAUCCACCCAUCCGAACGUGACAGUGACCCUCAUCCACCGGGAACGACUCAACCAAAAAUCAAAUUACGACAAUGUGCUAUCCUAUCCGAAUCCGAAAUGGUCUUUCGAGCCGGAACACGGACUAGCACUCAAUCACGCAAUGAUCAAUGACACCGGAGUUUUCCUUUGCAUUGGCACAAUGAACAACAUCACCGACGAGAAGAAUUUUACCGUCAGUGUCAAAGGAAUAGAGUUGGAAAGAGUUGGUGAUCCUGAGGAUCCGACGGAAGGAAGUAACGUGACCUUAAUCUGUCGCAUCCUUUUCCCCGGAAUCAAAUUCCCUGGGCCACCGGAAUGGGAAUAUCAAAUCAACAACACCGCAGUGAUGCAAACUAUUAAUAUCACAAAUCCCCCAGCAGGCAUCCGGAUAGAAACCGAGGGCGAAAAAAAGAAGCACGAAUCCGCUGGAUUCAAACUAAAUUUUUACGUGAGCAGACUGGAACUGUUUAACAUUAGCAAAAAUACAUACACCACUUUUCAAUGCAAAGCCAAUAAAUUCCAAGACGCAGUGGCUAAAGCCAUUUCUUUUCAAAUUAAAGAGAGAAAAUCGACAGAGACAAUGUUCGAUUCCAUCUUAUUGGACAACAAAAGAACAAAAACAAUUUUAAUUGUCGUCUGUUCGUUAACUAUUUUGCUUUUACUCGGAAUCGGAAUUGGAAUUAGACUCAAUUCUCAAAAGAAGAAAAAAUUAUACCCGGGUUUAAAAAGAAUACUCGAAGGAAAUCAAAAAGAAAUCAUCCCAGAAUUGUUAAUGGAAGAGCAAAGUGAACUAGUCCCCUACGACAAACGGUGGGAAUUUCCCAGAUAUCGACUCAAACUCGGAAUACAAUUGGGAGUGGGAUGUUUCGGUCGGGUUGUCAAAGGAGAAGCUGUGGGGAUUAAAGGUUCCGGUGAAACUGUCAAAACGGUGGCCGUCAAAAUGGUCAGAUCUGUAACAAACGUCGCUGCCCUAGAAGCUCUCGUGAGCGAAUUGAAAAUUCUGAUCCACUUGGGAUCGCAUAUGAACGUCGUCAAUCUACUGGGGGCCUGCACCAAAAAGAUAUCACAAGGUGAACUUUUGGUCAUCGUCGAAUAUUGUCGGUAUGGAAACUUGCGGACUUAUUUAAUGAACCACCGCGACAGUUUCAUUAACUUGGUGGAUGAAUUCGGCAACAUUCAAGCGGAAAAUGAGAUGGAGGACAUUUGUCUCAUGCCCAAGUAUGAAAACUGUUUGAAUGGAUCAAAUUUCAAAGAAAACCAAAUUGAGCCUCGUCUUUUGAUUAAUCCAUGUUACGGGAAUUUUGAAAAUAACGAAUGUGAAAGAUCGCCAGAAACUUCAAUGUCAAGUGAUCCGUCAGAGUCACAAUCCUUCUGGCAAUACCAACAAGAUCCGGAUGUUACUUUGACUCGAUCCAUUUCCACACGCGAUUUAAUUUCCUGGUCUUAUCAGAUUGCUCGAGGGAUGGAUUAUUUAGCUAGCAAAAAGGUUCUCCAUGGCGAUUUGGCCGCUCGGAAUGUUUUGCUGGCCGACGAUGGAGUGGCCAAAGUGGCCGAUUUUGGAAUGGCCAAGAAAAUGUACUACGAAGACAAUUACGAAAAGACAAGCCAGGGGUUGAUGCCAGUCAAAUGGAUGGCCAUUGAAUCUCUAACUGAUCGCGUCUUUUCGACCCAAUCAGACGUGUGGUCUUAUGGUGUCGUCCUCUGGGAACUCUUCACGCUGGGUAAAGUUCCUUAUCCAGGAUUUGGUGCUGGUCAUCAAUUAAUCCAAGCAAUUCAAAACGGAUACCGGAUGGAGAAACCAAACAACGCGCCGAAUUUAUUUGGAGAAUUAAUGACCAAUUGCUGGAAAACGGACCCGAAGGAGAGGCCCACGUUCAGCCAAUUAGAAGAGACAAUCUGUGGCCAUAUGGAAUCGACAGUCAACUCUAAUUACUUGAAUUUGAACGCUUUGUAUGUCAAAUUCAACGAAGAGAACGACACGGCGACAGCAACAGACCUAUUCGGACUAGCGAAAUUGUUGACCGAAAAAUCGCAGAUGACUGAAAAUAAGUUGCAAUUGAAUGACAAUUUUCGUUCACCAAAAAACGAGAAUAGCUACUCUCCUUUUCCUCAAAGAGCCUGAUGAAGAAACACGGAAAAAA